AUGUACAGGUACAGCUUUUCCAGUACAGUAAGAUGCCACCGAGAACGCGUGCUAGAGCAGGUGAGGGCGAAAGUUGAGGUGGUCGUGGUCGUGGUCGUGGCCGCGGCCGUGGACGUGGCUGAGAGGCGCCAGUGGAGGAUGAGGGACUUCGUUGCGGCUCUUGCGGCUGCAAACCUUUUAAACAUAGCUCCUAGGGAAGGUGCAGAUAGUCGCGCCUUGUCGGCAAUGAGGGAAUUCAAUCGUAGGAAUCCACCAACGUUUGAUGGGUCGAGCAGUGACCCUCUUGUGGCCGACCAUUGGCUAGCCCAAAUCCGAAAACUUUUUAGGGCUCUUGGGAUCACGGAGGAUGACUUGCGAGUUAAUAUUGUGGUUGUUCAACUUACCGGGGAAGCGAAUGAAUGGUGGGAGUCGGUUUUAGAAUCGAGGAAGGACGCGAGGAGAGCGGCAAGGACCACGGCUCAAGCGAAUGAGCCGGAUGUGGAAAACUUAACUUGGGCCGAGUUCGAAGUGCUAUUCGAGGAGCAAUAUUUUCCCGAAACUAGUCGAGAUCAAUUGAGGGAUGAAUUCGAAAAGUUAGAACAAGGAAAUAUGACCGUGUCGGAAUACGCUUUAAAAUUCCAAUCUUUGUCCCGUUUCGCACCGGAGUUGGUGGCUACCGAGGAAAGGAAGUGUAGGCGGCUUGAGAGAGGGAUACAUGAAACCGUGAAGAAGUUUGCUGUGACACAACGCAAAGGGAAGUUUUCCGAGGUUGUAGAGUGUGCAAAGAGCAUCGAGACCCCUAAGGAAGCACCAUGA